AUGCGGCGCUCGAGUUCUUCGUUUCUUCCGGCGGCUCUGGGUUCACUGUCAUCUCGCAUCUGGAGGCCUGGAAAUCGGAGAGCUCUGGCGAGGACUUGGGACAGGGAUCGUUUAUCCGGACGUCGUGAGGAAGAAAGCGAUUUCCCACCUCGCCAAACCCUUUGCGCCGUCAUAUCCGUUGUCUGGGAGGCUGCCACGGAGCUGAGCUCGUCAAAACAGUUCAAACCGCCACCAGGCUUGAUGUUUCCGUUCUCUCUGAGAAAGCGGAGGCGAGAUUCGCCUACUCCGACUGUUACCGCCACCACCGAGCUCAGCCCGUCAUUCACAUCUGGACUUCGAUCUAGAAGGAAGCAAUGCAGCGGCAAACUUUGCUUUGGUGUUGAGGGGCGAUCUGCCGGCGUCGCUCGCUAG